GACAGCUGGAGGAGCUGGAAUAAGUGAGAGGUUAGGAUAAGGUUUAUGUACUACACAAUAUUAAUCUGUGUUUAUACGUAUACAAAGAAUUGAUGAAGUUGGUGACGUGGAAUUCUUCGAGCUUGGAAAAUCUCGAAUCAGUUGACAGAGAGAACAACUAGACUUGCGAUAAAAGUGUCAAUAAAUCGAAAAAACACGAAUGAAUAUAUUUAUGGUCUACUGGUAGUUGUGAAACAGAAGGACUAAGGAAAAAUGAGGAGAUCACAUUCGGGUGAGCGGGCUGGUUACAGCUAUGAGCCUCUCCCUACAACUUCACGAAAUCUCCUCGAGGAUGAGAAUGAAAGACUGGAGGACGAACUCAAGGAUAAAAUUCACGCCCUCAAAAGCCUGUCGAUAGACAUUGGAACGGAGGUUAAAUAUCAAGAUAAAAUGCUCCGAGGCAUGGAUGACGAUUUUGAAAGGACUAGUGGUUCGCUUUCGUCUUCAGUCGCCCGAGUAAUUCGUAUGGCUAAAGCUGGCCAUAAUUACUACAUUCUUUAUUUAUUCCUAUUUUCUAUAUUCGUAUUUUUCAUCGUUUGGAUAGUUUUGAAGUUUAAGUGAACGGGUACUCGUGUACAAUAAGUCUUGAAGUGAUAAAUUAUUUCAUAUUACACUUUUACCAUUGUCUUUAGAUCGAAAUCGCAAUAUAAUGGGAAAUAAUUGUAUAUUAAUAUAUUAGAUAGAAUACACGAUCAACCGAAUGGAUUGAUAAGGUGUGGAGGACCUUUGUGUUUGUAUUUAAAUAAAAGAUAACAAAAAUUGAAA